GCCCCACAAGUGCGUGCGCCACCCUAUAUCAACGCCAUGGCUUUUAGUGAUAAACCCUUGUUUCUUCUUCUUUUUUACGUUAUUGUAUCUUCUAUGCAUUUCGUUGUCUGUUCAGGGUUGACAGACACAGAAAUCCUUCUCAAGUUCAAGGGUUCUUUAUCUAAUGCCUCUGCUUUGGAAAACUGGAGCGACCUGACCUAUCCAUGCACAGGGCAAGUACCCAAUUGGAAUGGUGUUAUUUGUCAUAAAGGUUCUGUUACUGGGUUACAGCUUGAGACAAUGGGAUUAACUGGCAAGAUUGAUGUGGAUAGUUUAGCAGCUUUGUCAGAUUUGAGAUCUCUUAGCUUCAUGGAGAAUGGUUUUGAUGGUCCCAUGCCUGAGUUUAAGAAACUUAAGGCAUUGAGAUCUUUAUUCAUAGAAAAAAACCAAUUCUCUGGGGAGAUUCCAGGAGAUGCUUUUGAAGGUAUGACGAAGCUGAAGAAAGUAUGGUUGGCAGAAAAUAAGUUUACAGGUCCCAUUCCUGCAUCACUUGCUGCUUUACCAAAGCUUAUAGAGUUGAGGCUCGAAGGGAACAAGUUUACAGGGAAGUUACCAAAUUUUCCAGACAUAAAAUUUAUAUCAUUCGAUGUGUCAAACAACGAAUUGGAGGGGAAAAUUCCUGCAACCCUCAGUAAGAUAGAUCCCAAAUCAUUUUCUGGGAACAAAGGUCUAUGUGGACAGCCAUUGAAUGAAUGCAUUAUACCUAAAAAACCCGCUCCCGCAGCUACCACCCCUAAUAUCCCAACCUCAAAAACCAAAGGUGAAUCUGCCGAUAAGAAGCCAUCCCCAAAAAAUAUAAUUGUGGUGGCUAUAGUUUUGGCUGUAGCAAUAGCAGCCAUUAUAGCAGCUGCCUUCAUCCUCCUUCGACGUCGAAAACAAACACCAGAAUCAAUAGAGGCACCACCACCAUCAAAGGUUCAAAAGAAAAAAGAAUCAAACCAAGGUCAAGCAGGGUCUUCAUCAGAACACUUGGUGAAUGGGAAGAAGAAGGUUGAGAUUGCGGCGCCAAAGUUGUGUUUUAUUAGGGAAGAUGGGAAGAGAUUUGAUUUGCAUGACUUGUUGAAAGCCUCAGCUGAGAUUUUAGGGAGUGGUUGCUUUGGUUUAUCUUAUAAGGCUGCACUUUCAAGUGGGAUUGUUGUGGUGGUCAAAAGAUUUAAGCAAAUGAAUAGUGUUGGUAAAGAGGAAUUUCAUGAACAUAUGAGGAGGUUAGGGAGAUUGAGCCAUCCCAAUUUGCUACCUCUUGUUGCUUAUUAUUAUAGGAAGGAAGAGAAACUCAUGGUCACUGACCACAUUGCGAAAGGCAGCUUAGCUGCUUAUCUUCAUGGCAAGAAAAAGCAACAAAGCAUGGAUUGGCCAACCAGAUUAAAGGUUAUCAAAGGAGUGGCUAAAGGCCUCUCGUAUCUACAUAAAGAGCUUCCCAGCAUAAUAGCAGCUCAUGGCCACCUUAAAUCCUCUAAUGUUCUUCUGAAUCAAUCCAUGGAACCUCUUCUUACAGACUAUGGACUAAUUCCAGUAAUCAACCAAGAGAAUGCCCGUGAACUCAUGGUGGCUUACAGGUCACCUGAAUACUUCCAAUUGGGCAAGAUCACGAAGAAGACAGAUGUAUGGAGUCUUGGGAUUUUGAUUCUUGAGAUUCUAACGGGAAAGCCGCCACCAAAUUUUCAGCCACAAAGUAAAGCAACUAAGGACGAGGAUUUGGUGAGCUGGGUAAAUAGUAUUCCUCAGGAACAAUGGAAGGAUCAAGUGAUUGACAAAGCGAUUAGUUCAGUAAAGAGCAGUGAAGGUGAAAUGAUGAAGCUACUAAACAUUGGUAUGAGUUGCUGUGAAGAAGAUGUGGAGAAAAGGUUGGAUUUAAAGGAGGCUAUCGAGAGAAUUGAUGAGUUGAAUUAGAAAUGAUGAAGAUUUCUUGAUCAAUAUAAAAGGAACUGUUGUUGAUGAUUUCAAUCACACUUGAUCAAUAUGAUCAUAUUGGCUUUUUGAUCUCUACAUGGCAUUUUUUUUUCUUUCAAGAUUGAAGCUGGUUAUGGGAAUGGAUCAAUGGACAACUAAAUAAGAAAUCGUUUUGCUUUAUUUUUUGUUUUAAUUUUUUGAUUUUGUUUUAAUUUUGAUUCUCAGU